AUGUCGAACUGCGCGGCUCGUGACGGGCUUCUAACAGAAGAUGCUCCCUCCCCGGGAGCCCCGAUCCACGACGGAAACGAAUGGGUCCAGAGGCUGGCUAGGUUGUGUGGUCCUGGCGCAGGGCUGCGUCAUGUCGGAACGCCUCUCGCAGAGAUCGAGUCGAUAUUUGACUCGGUCUUCCCGCGCCUCCCAGCGGAAACCGGCGGCGACUCGCAUGCCGCUCAGCCCUCCAACGCCGUCCAACUGUUUGGUACCAACGCGGACAUACUGGACGCCUACUAUAUCUUCAUCCAUCCGUAUUUCCCGAUUUUGCCUCCCCCGGAACACCUUCCUGUCUCCCACAACCCGGUUCUGCUGGAGCAGAAUGCCUUCCAACCGGCCAGCCCUCUAGCAUUGGCCGUUUCGGCCAUCGUGGCUCUGGUCCCCCACCAAGAUGUGAAAGAUCCCUCGAGACCCGAGUGUGUGAAUGCGCGGGGCGAGGUCUCGAAUCGCUUCGCCCAGUCCGCGUACGAAGUCGUUGCGAGGGACUACGAACUACUGCGGUCGACGGGUGGGUUUGAAGGUUCCCUGAGAGAUGUCAUAAAUCGACCCCCAUUCCAUCUCAAGGUACCCGUGUGUCUGGAAGGAAUCAUAGCACUGACUCUACUCUCUUUCUGGGAAUAUGCUCAGCGGGGCGACAUGGACAGUACAUUACGUAGAGCUAAUGAGGCCCUGGCGAUAGCCAUCCGACUGGGAUUGCACGAGUCACUGGAAGAAAACCAAUAUGCGGAGAGCCGACGGAGGGCAUGGUGGAUCGCGUACAUGUCGGUGUGUCAUUUGGCAACCGUGAGCGGCACGGCCGCAUCAUUCAAUGUUUACGACCCUGGCUUUGUGACACCUUACCCAAAGGGGUGGAGACUGCGGGUGGAAGCCCAGCAUGCUUUAUACGAAGCCGGGAUCUUCGCUAGGGACCUCGAUGAAACUGUCCGAACAAGGGGCGAUGCAUCAUGGAUCCCGAAUCGGAUGGCGGAGCUAGAUAUCCAGAUUACUUCUCUGCUUUUUGAGUGUCGAGAUCUGUUGCCUUCGUCUCAGGUGCCGCGCUCCGAAUCGGUGGAAUCAGUAGCCUCGAAUUCCAUGCGGGCUUUUGCUGAAGUCAAACUACAUAGUGCGCGGAUCAAACUCCACCGAUACUGUGCCUUCCAAGAUGUCCCUGUGGUUCCUCAACAACCUGGGCUGGACCCAGGAUAUAUCAGCCCGAAUGAUAUAAACGCCGCAUCCAUACACAAAACCUCCAGUCCACCACACCAUCCGACAUCCCUGCAGGCAUACGGACUCAAGUUCCCAUUUUCCACGCACACUUCAUCAGCCAUUUGCGUCCACGCCGCCAUCAACGUGGUUACUUUACUCGAUAGUCUCCCAUAUCCCAACCCAACCCGAAGCGACGCUUCUGCGAACAACAUGCCCUACAUUUACCAAAACUGCGAAAUCCCUCGGGCCAUGCCGACCCUGAUCUGCUGCGCCACGCAGGCCUGCUACACGAUGCUAACGCUCUGCUGCCAGGCCAAGGCCUUCAACAUAGAUAGCACCGACUCCGGCGUAGGAAGUCCGUCUCUGGCAGGGCUCCGCCAUGAAUUGGAGCAGAGCCUGCGGUUGGUGGCGAAGUUUCUCACUAACCAUGCGAUUGCUUUCGAGGCCAUUCAGCCCUUGCGCGAUGAAGUGGUGCAGGCCGUUAAUUGUGAAUUUCAAUAA